AUGAAUAUUUUGGGACUGGUUCUCUUUGCUCUUAUCCUGGGAGUGGCCUUGAAAAAAUUGGGACCAGAAGGGGAGGAGCUCAUCCGAUUUUUCAGUGCUUUCAAUGAGGCUACAAUGGUUAUUGUGUCUUGGAUUAUGUGGUAUGUCCCUAUUGGAAUUAUGUUCCUGGUGGGCAGCAAGAUUGUUGAGAUGGGAAAUAUCGUGCUUCUGGUGACCAGCCUUGGGAAGUACAUUAUAGCUUCGAUUCUGGGUCACAUUAUUCAUGGAGGAAUAGUACUUCCACUUAUUUAUUUUGCCUUUACACGCAAAAACCCCUUCACAUUCUUACUUGGGCUGAUAACACCUUUUGCAACUGCCUUUGCAACAUCCUCAAGCUCUGCAACUCUCCCGACUAUGAUCAAGUGCAUUGAAGAGAACAAUGGAGUGGACAAAAGAAUUAGCAGGUUCAUCCUCCCUAUUGGGGCAACAGUGAACAUGGAUGGUGCAGCCAUAUUUCAAUGUAUGGCAGCUGUAUUCAUUGCCCAGAUGAACAACAGUGAACUUAAUGCUGGACAGAUCUUCACUAUCCUUGUGACAGCAACAGCCUCAAGUGUGGGAGCAGCUGGAAUUCCUGCUGGAGGUGUCCUCACUAUCGCUAUUAUUUUAGAGGCAAUUGGCCUUCCCACAAAUGACUUGUCACUGAUCCUGGCGGUAGAUUGGAUUGUAGACCGGACAACUACAGUAGUAAAUGUUGAAGGAGAUGCUCUUGGGGCAGGAAUUCUUCAUCAUCUCAACCAGAAGGAAGUAGCAAAGAAUCAACAGGAGCUGAAUGAUGUUUAUGUUGAGGCUGUGCCAAACUGCAAGUCAGAAGAAGAAACCUCUCCUCUUGUAAUGCACAGAGACCAAACCUCCAAGCCUACAAGCAUGGCUGUGCCAGAAUCAAAGGAAUCUGUACUGUGA